AAUAAAAUACGUUUGUUGAGUCGGUGAAUUAUUUCAUAAUUUAUAACUUGUGAAAAAUAAUAUCUCGUAUUAUGUUUCUAAAAUUGAUUCUUUUGUUGUUAUCGAUAUAAAGAGAAAUCUAUAAUAUCGACAUGUCGAUAAAAAUGGUAUCUAGGUAAAUAACUUGUUUUAUCGACUUGUGAUAUUUCUUUUAUACUCCAUUGAUAAUUGAUUUUUCUUUGUGGAUAACUAGCAAUUAUUAUCUAAAGGUAAUGUAGAUCAUUUACCAUGCUACACACAUUAUCUAUCGAUCUUAGUUCUUCAUUUUGAUGUAGACGUCGCUAGUAGUAUAUUCUUACAGAACUUAUCCACGUGAAGUCGUUCUAACCUAAAAAAUCUAGUUUACACGUGAAAGGAAUUUUGUCAUGUUUGUUUAGUUAAUUUAUAUUUAUUAUUAAUAAAAAUGGAAGAAAAAGCAAUUAGAAUGGAAGAUAUCCUUAAUGAGGAUUCGUCGUCCGACGACGAUAUACCAAAUAUAUGUGAAAUUAGUGAAGAGAAUAAAAAGAAAAUAUCUUUUGAACAAGAUAUUCCAAAGGGAAAACCUAAAUCUGGUAGAAUAUGGAAAGAACCAAAAAAGAGAUUUUCAUCUAUUGUCAAAAGUAGAGGUAUCAAAUUAUCAUUUGAAAAGAAACAAAAAUUAAAAGAGAAUUUGCAACGCGCUAAAGAUAUGUCAAGAGCUAUCAAAGAAAAAAAACAAGCAGAGAAAGAGGCUAAGAAACAACGGAGGAUAGAAAAUUUGAAAAGAGCUGAGGAAAAUAGAAAGAAGGGUGAAGUUGUACAAAUUAUUAAAAAUACCGCUAAACUAAAGAGAAUGAAAAAGAAACAACUGAGGUUCAUUGAAAAAAGAGAUACGAAUUGACGCUUGAAAUAAAUAACAAGGGAUUUAAUUACAUUUCCUACGACGACGACAGCUAUGACAAUUACAAAAGAGUGUUUAUUAUAAUUAUAUUGUUGUAUAACAAAAUUCUUAUUAUAUGCUUUCUCAAAGCGUUUAGUUAUUUCAAGAAAUAUCUACUUAUAUUCUAUGAAAUAACAUAAUUAAACGUUUUAACGAUUACAUUGUAUUAUUUUUA